AUGUCCUACUUCCGCAUCACCCUCAUCCGCUCCGCAAUUGGACUCCCGCGCCGCUCAACAGACGUCCUCAAGGCGCUUGGCUUGAAGAAGCGUAUGGCAACAGUCUUCCACAGCGUUUCGCCCUCCGUUGCGGGUCAAAUCAUGAAAGUCAAGGAACUUGUCCACGUUGAGGAGUGCCAGUACCGCCUCACGAAGCAGGAGGUGCAUCUCGAGCGCAAGCCUGAUCCUGGAUACUAUAUCGAAAAGAGCUGCGCUGAGCAGCGGGGGGAACUCAGUGGCCAGUGA